GUCUGACAGACGAUCAGCUGAAGUGAUCAUCACAUCCACCAGUCGUUUCAUCACCGAUUCAUCUGCGUUGUCCGACAACGGUAACCGUUAUUUCCUCUUGUAUUCGUUCAGUCUUGGAUCAUCUGUACGUUCUGACGAGGCGAAUAGCGAAGGAGCAGGCCGUAGUGAGAGUUCAACGCCAACACAACGAUCCUUGAACGGUACAGUAGCGUCACCUAUUCUGUCCACAUCAACGCGAUGUAAUCUUUGUGAUGUUAAUUAUGAGACCAAUUUCGAUUUACAGGUUCACUUGCACGCUGAUCAUGUGGUGCUGAGGGAUGGCAAAGAUUUUCGAUGUCCGAAGAACCAUUGUGGUAAGGUGUAUCCGAAUCGAGAGAACUUA